AUGGUGGCCAACCCAAACCCCUCUACAUGCCAGUUCCUCACCCUCCUCCCCCGCGAAGUCCGCGACAUAAUCUACGAACACAUCCUCACCUUCCCGCGCCCCCUCAAACUCCGCCAAGUCGUCGCCGGAUCCAAGAACACCGCCAUCCUCCGCCUCAACCGCCAGAUCGCCUCGGAGGCCCUGCCCAUCUUCUACGACGCCAACACCAUCCUCGCCACCCGCAACGACUUCUGCAGCGACACAGGCCCCGAAUUGCAGACUCCCCUCCGCAAAGAUCGCGUCCGCCACUUACUCAUCCGCAACUUCAGCCAGUCGAUUCGAUGUUCGAGUUUCUCAGGCGGAAACAACCUCUUCCUGGAGGGCUGUUGCGAUGUGUGCAAGCCCAACGCUGCAGGCUUCAUCGCCGCCCUCGGGAGUCUGCCUCGUCUCAGAACUGUCGUCGUCGACUACCACAACCACUACCGCGAGUUCGAAUUCAUCAAACAAACCAUCCGCGGGAUCGGGAGCACCCACGUCGAAGCAGAACACGGCUUCGCUUUGACUUGCACGCACAUCGCGCGCUACAGACUCUCCUCACCUUCCCUCCCGCCAAAUCUGGAUAUCACGUUCACCGACCUCCCCCUUCAUACCAUCUGGAGCGAACUAUGGACCCUCCGCGGCACCAACAAAUGCCCCUUUCCCCUCCCAGGCGAAGAGGCCCUCCUCCAACGCCUCCGCGAAGACGAACAUCCCUACUUGCCGGAUCAACUCAACCACAUUAUCUACGCGCGCCACUCGCGACUUCACCAACCAGUUGGGGAGGUCUGGACCGAGUAUGAGGCGAAGAGCUCAUCGAAUUCUUCCGAGGCGAUGAAUACCUUGACGGAGAUGAUCCUAGGGUAUCUGCACGCGAACCGGCAAGUUUCUUCGUGGAGGACACUCACAGCUCUAGCCCGCAGCGCUGAGGCGAAGGCUUACGAAGCUGAGGGACGAGAAGUACCGGAGGAAUAUAGAACUUGA